AUGACAAAGUCGAUGAUUCUGACAGGCGCGGUUGUCCUUGCGGCCGUGUCUUACGGCGCUGCGCAGAGUAACAACAGUACUAUCCCCGGGCUACCGGAGGGUGCAGUGUACAUCAACCCACUCGAAUACAACGUCCUCGGCCCGAACAGCACCUGGUACACCGAGCGGAACACGUCCGAUUUCAUCGGGUUCAAUCCGACACAGACCGCGCCGCCGUUCUUCCAGGUGUUCGAUCCUUCGUUCGUGACGGACGUGCUCGGCCCGGGUGCGCAGAUCCGCAAGGUCGCAUCCUCGCCUGGCUAUGCGCUCGCGCACGAGGCGCCAGUGCACGUCUCGGCGCUGCAUGCGCUGUUCUUCUCGAGCAACGACGGCGGGCCCGAGGGGUAUAAUGGGUGGUAUAACAAUAGUGUUGUGAGCUGGCUCAAUGUCAGCGAGGUAGAGCAGUCGUGGAACGAUACUGAGAUCAAUGUUCCUAUUCAUACGUUGACGAACCUAUCGGACCUGGUGCAGAUGGUCAACGGGGGAACAGGCACGUAUAAGGGCAACAUCCUCUUUGCGACGUCUGGCCGCGCCGAGUCCCCGCCGUCGAUCGUGGCGGUGAACCCGUUCUCGCCGUACAACGUAACGGUGAUGCUGGACAACUUCUACGGCCGACAGUUCAACUCGCUCAAUGACCUUAAAUUCCUUCCUGGAACUGAAAUAAUCUACUUCACGGAUCCUGCGUACGGCUACUUGAACGGUUUCCGCCCAGAGCCAAAGUUGCCGAGCCAGGUGUACAGGUUCGACCCGUCCACGGGCCAGGUGCGCGCCGUUGCGGACCAGUUUGUCAACCCCAACGGAAUCGCCUUCACGGGCGAUGGGCAGACCGCCUAUGUGACCGACACUGGCUCAGUCGGUGGAUUUCUGGGCAACAAUGACACAUACCCCGCUACAAUCUAUCAGUAUGACGUCGACCCCACCACAGGCUCGUUUAUGAACCGGCGCGUGUUCGCAUACACCGACUCCGGCAUACCCGACGGGAUCCAGCUCGACACGAAUGGCAACGUGUACUCGGGCUGCGGCGAGGGCACGCACGUGUGGAAUUCAAAUGGGACACUGAUCGGCAAGUUCUAUCUGAACAGCACGACGGCGGAGAUGCUGUUCACGGCGCACGGGUUGUUUAUCCUUGAUGAGGAGGUUAUAUACUACGCGAACAUCACUGCGACGGGCGUCAAUCUUACUGUGCCGUGA